UACUGGGCACCGCUGGGUAUCUCUCCCACGGACAAUCUGGCUUGCUGCUCGCUCCACUGAAAAUGCAGCGGCUGUUAAGUUCCGCAAAGCAGGUCUUGCAAGUGAAGAGGCUGAUGCAGGAAGCAUCUCGCAUGCCGGGUCGCCUUCUCCCAGCAGCCCACCAAAGGUUUUCUACAAUCCCUGCUGCCCCCUUGGCCAAAACAGAUACCUGGCCAAAAGAUGUGGGCAUCCUUGCCCUGGAGAUCUAUUUCCCAGCCCAAUAUGUUGACCAAACGGAUCUGGAGAAGUAUAACAAUGUGGGAACAGGGAAGUACACAGUGGGCUUGGGUCAAACCCGUAUGGGCUUCUGCUCAGUCCAGGAGGACAUCAAUUCGCUGUGUCUGACGGUGGUGCAGCGGCUGAUGGAGCGCACGAAGCUCCCUUGGGACGCUGUGGGCCGGCUAGAAGUGGGCACUGAGACCAUCAUCGACAAGUCCAAGGCCGUCAAAACAGUGCUCAUGGAGCUCUUCCAGGACUCAGGCAACACGGACAUCGAGGGCAUAGACACCACCAAUGCCUGCUACGGGGGCACUGCCUCCCUCUUCAAUGCUGCCAACUGGCUGGAGUCCAGCUCCUGGGAUGGUCGCUAUGCAAUGGUGGUCUGUGGAGACAUUGCAGUCUAUCCCAAAGGCAAUGCUCGCCCCACAGGUGGGGCUGGAGCCGUGGCAAUGCUGGUUGGGCCCAAUGCCCCUCUGGUCCUUGAGAGAGGGCUCCGGGGGACCCACAUGGAGAACGUAUACGACUUCUACAAACCCGAUGGGGCUUCAGAGUACCCGAUGGUGGACGGGAAGCUCUCCAUCCAGUGCUACUUACGUGCCUUGGACCGAUGUUACGCAGUAUACCGUCAGAAAACCCAAAACCAGUACAAGCAAGCUGGCAUCGAUCGACCUUUUACUCUUGAUGAUUUACAGUUUAUGAUCUUCCACACCCCCUUCUGCAAGUUGGUUCAGAAAUCCCUGGCUCGUCUGAUGUUCAAUGACUUCCUGUCAGCCAGCAGCGACACACAGAACAGCCUCUACAAGGGGCUGGAGGCCUUCAGGGGCCUAAAGCUGGAAGACACCUACAACAACAAGGACGUGGAGAAAGCAUUUGAGAAGGCCUCACUGGACAUGUUCAACAAGAAAACCAAGCCCUCCCUGUACUUCUCCACGCACAACGGGAACACGUACACCUCGUCCCUCUACGGAUGCCUGGCCUCACUCCUGUCCCAGCGCUCUGCCCAGGACUUGGCUGGUUCCAGGAUUGGCGCCUUCUCCUAUGGCUCUGGGUUGGCAGCAAGCUUUUUUUCAUUUCGAGUGUCCCAGGAUGCUUCUCCAGGCUCCCCCCUGGAAAAGCUGGUGUCUAGUACCUCAGACCUGCCAAAACGCCUGGACUCCCGGAAGCGGAUGUCUGCCCAGGAGUUCACAGAAGUGAUGAACCAAAGAGAGCAAUUCUUCCACAAGGGUAAGGAAAGGCCAGGGGGAGGGAAGGAGGAAGCAGCUUUUCUCAGAUUCCACGCCAGUGGCUGAGAACCAGGGACGCAU